UAGCCCGUGCUAUGACAAAGUAAAAACCUCAUGGAUUGGUCGGAGACGCUUUAUCAUACUAUAUAUAACAACUUUUUUCUCCAAACAGUAGGUCAAAUAGUUGAAGUUUCAUUAGUUCUGUUUAAAGUUAACAAAUAGCCAUCUCCAACCAGUCAUGAGACUCCCUAGAUGCUGGAUUAUUCCCAGGAGAGGUUACCUGGUGUUGCUUUUUCUAUUGGUUCUGCUGAUGAUUGGAGCAGUCUUGAUGGCUCUUGUGCCGUCUGCAGAGGAACACCAAGGAGCAGACUCUGCAAGAUUUGUACGUCGACAACACAGUGACAGAAAGCCCAUACGAAGUCUCGGCCAUUACAACAAGGCGGAGGAAGAGUCCAAGUUUACAAUCAUUAUGCAAACCUACAACCGCACAGACGUUCUGCUCAAACUCCUGAACCAUUAUCAAGCCAUGCCUCAUCUGCAGAAAAUUAUUAUAGUGUGGAACAACAUUGGAGAGCCUACACCACAGAAGUUAUGGGACUCUUUAGGACCUCACCCUAUUCCUGUAGUUUUCAAACAACAAAACACUAAUCUGAUGCGUAACAGACUACAACCAUUUAAAGACAUUGACACUGAUGCUGUAUUGAUGCUGGAUGAUGACACCUUAGUCAGUGUUCCAGAUGUCAGUUUUGGUUUCUCUGUCUGGAGGCAAUUUCCAGACCAGAUUGUUGGGUUUGUCCCCCGUAAGCAUGUCCUCACAGACAAAGGAAUUUACAGUUAUGGAAGUUUUGAGUUACAGAACCCAGAAAUCUCAGGAGGUGACCAGUACUCCAUGGUGUUAAUUGGUGCAGCUUUCUUUCACCGUCGAUAUCUACAGCUCUUUCAACAACAGGAUAAGGCAGUGCUUGCACUGGUAGAUGAAACUCAAAACUGUGAUGACAUUGUAAUGAAUUUUGUUGUGUCUCUGUAUUUGAAAAAGAUAAGUGAAACUACUUACAACAGGCCAUCUGGACUCUUUGUCAAACCAGUUGACAUGAGAAAUCUUGAAAAGGAUGCCAACAGCGGGUAUCAGGGAAUGUGGCACCGUCCAGAACACCUACUUCAGAGGUCUUACUGUCUGAACAGGCUAGCACAAAUUUAUGGUGUCAUGCCACUCUGCUUUUCCAACUUGAUGAUUUCCCAGUUUGGUUUUCCCAGCUAUGCAAACCACAAAAGUAAAGCCUGAAUAUAAAAUCAGAAAUUUGAGUUGUUUCUACUUAAAACCACCAAACAAAUUAUGAUCCUAUUUUUCCAAUCUAUUAGAGGUUUUAUUGGUAGCCAGCCCAUUUUGCACCUUUUAAUGUUCAGUCUUAUAGUAUAGUCUUUAUCAUUUAGCAUCCCUCAGCAGUAAUGAGCAACACCACAGACUGUUCAUGUUUAUAAUAUUUGUUUUAAUGUAUUAUUGACUUAAUAAAGUAUUAUGUAUAAAUGAUGCAUCAAA